CUCACUUUACGGAUUGCGCUCAGAGAGAGAAGACGGUUCAAACGUAGGCUCCUCAGUACAAGAUAUCUUCACUACUUUCGGCGCAAAAUGAAACGAUUUGUUUUAAUUUACAUUUGGCUUGCUGGAGAUUUUCAAGUAGUCCUUAGUGUUGGUUUGAAGGACACACCGUUUCUCGGAUCGAAAGAUUCUCCCAGAGUUCUGAGCAAAGAUAUAACAAGUGGUAGAUUUGAUUACCAAAUCUAUCAGAACCACACUGUGUUCCUCUAUAAUGAAGACUCUGCGGAGAUGUAUGUUGGAGGGACUGAUUUUGUGUUACAACUUGAUGUGAAUGAUUUUCAUAUCAUAGAGAAAUUUCCUCUGAAAACAACGGGGCAACAACAGUGCCAAGAGGACUCUUGUGAAAAUGUCAUCACAGUAAUUGAGAAGUUCCAGGACAGCUUAUUUGUCUGUGGAACGAAUGGACAAAAUCCACAGUGCUGGAAGCUUUUUUCUUCAGUGAACAAUCAGUCUAAUGAAAUAAUGGAGAGUUAUGAGGGGAAGGGCAUCACUCCUUAUCUGUACACACAUAACUCCAUAUCUCUCACAGUAGAGGGGGAUCUAUACACAGCAGCACCUUUGGAUACUGAUGGAAGUUCAUUGCAAUUCAGAAGGAAAGCUGGUAGCAGAACUAAUGUGUGGAUGUAUGACAACUGGGUCUCAGAGCCCACAUUCAUCUAUGCGUCCUGGGUGGAGCGGAAAGAAGACCCUGACAAUGAGAAAAUUUACAUAUUUUUCCGUGAAAAGAACUCAGAUCACAACCCAGAGGCUGAUCCCUGGAUAUCUAGGGUCGCCAGAGUUUGUAAGGUAGAUGAAGGCGGAUCAAAAAGAUUCUUCCAGAACAUGUGGACAUCUUUCCUCAAGGCCCGGCUUGUCUGUGGGUUUCCAGAAGAGUCACUCUAUUUCAACCGUCUCCAAGACAUUUAUGUGAUGCCCGCCGAGGACUGGCACAACACUACAAUCUAUGCUCUUUUCACAAGCAGUUGGAACUCCACAGCAGUGUGCAUCUAUUCCGUACGAAUGAUUGAAGAAAUAUUUGAGACAUCAGCUUUCAAGGGCUACGACAAAGACAUUCCCAAUCCAAGGCCAGGAACAUGUGUAAAAAACAGCAAGAGCCUGCCACUGGCCACUGUCAACAUGGUGAAGGAUUACCCAGAAAUGACUGAGUGGGUUCACUCUGUGCAUUAUACUGCUCCAUUUUAUAUAAGCAGCAACAACUAUACUAAGAUAGUUGUGGACCAAGUCCAGGCGGCAGACCAGAGCAUGUAUAACGUUCUGCUUUUAGCCACCGAUUCUGGGAAGAUCCAUAAAGUGUUAGAAGCUGGGUCAGAACCUUUCAUCAUCUCUGAAACCCAACUCUACAGUCAAUCAACCAUACAGUCAAUGAAGCUUGACUCCAAAAAGAAAAAGCUAGUUGUGGGUUUUUCAGAGACAAUUUAUAGCGUGGACCUCCAAAGGUGUCAGGAGUACAACAACUCCUGCGCAGAUUGUGUUCUGGCCCGGGACCCGUACUGUGCUUGGACGAAGUUUGGAUGCACCCCGACUGUCCCUGAAGGGAUUCAAGAUGUCAUGGAUGGGCAAAUACGUGUGUGCCCUACAACAGUAGAAGAAAACAAACAAGUACACAGGACCAAACGGGAGACUCUAUCAUCCCCCCAUGAUUUAACAGUUCACUCGGUCCCCCUGGGUGUCCCUUUCUAUCUGUCCUGUCCAAUAGACUCUUACCACGCUGUCUAUACCUGGAAGCACAGAGACCAGAGCAGCCCUUGUCUGCAAAUGCAGUCUGACUGUCUGCACCUCAUCCCUGCCAUGGCACAAGAAAAUUAUGGCAGCUAUGCGUGUGUUUCCGAAGAGAAAGACUACACCAAGGUGGUGAAGAAUUAUGACCUUACAGAGCAAAUAAUCCCCAAAUCAAUGGAAGACACAAAGAGAAGCAAUACCCAUUACAAAUUGAAUAAUGCAUCAGCUGUUGUGCCACAGAUGAUAUUGAUCACCCUUGGUCUGGCUGUAGCAUGUUUUAAAACGUAGCAAUCAUAUCCUUAGUCCCUUUUCAUUGCUACUGCUAAUCAAAACAGGACGAAGGCAGGGCUAAGGAAAUCCACCCAAACACAGAUUCAACUUGCAAAUCAAUAGUUCAAGCAGGAAUGCCCCCAGAAUAACCUAAAACCUUCUUUGUGCAAGCGGUCCGACAGUUAUGUUUGGCAAAAAAGUUAGUUUUUCUUUCCACGGGAACCUGCUGUAGCCAAGUUGUUCAAAGCAUGCCAUUAAACUGUUGCGGUUAGGAGUGCAAAAGCUCCUGGGCCGAGAGAGACAGAAAAUACAGUACAUAGUGAGUAGGUGUGGUGUAGUAGUGAGGUGUGCACAUGUUGAGACCAGUGCUUAGCUCUUUAGUCCAUUAGAGUUCAGGAAAAUAAGUUGUGUAAAUUUUGUCUACGCCCUACCAGUGCACUUAUGAGAAAUGAUUUAUAUUUAUUCAAUACAAUAAAAUAGAAAAAAGGCACUUUUUUAAAUUAUUAUUACAUUUGCAGUUAUAAAUAUACUAAUGCAAAUAAGUGAGAAUGUUAUCCUCCAGAGGCUGGCAUUCUGAAACAUACUGUGCAGCAAGAUAUGCAUAUAUCUCCUCCUAGUAGUAUUUUUGGUUUUGAGAGGUAAUUUAGUUUUACAUUGUAGGAGGAAGAACAUCUAUGUCUCAACCCCACCUGUCGAACAAUGACCACAUGUUCUUUUUUCUUUUAGCUGCCAGGAUUUUUUGUGUCUUUCUUUUUUGAUUGUCAGUUUGUGGUCACUAAGCCUCUACUUGGUUGGGAUCAGCCUCUGCUUUCUAACUGUUACGGUGGCGACAUUCUGCCAAAUCAUCGUCCCUUCAAAGGGACAAAUGACAGUCUGAUCUACUUUUAGUUUCAUCUUUCCACUGAUCCAAAUAUGUUUAUUUACAUUGCGUUAUAAUUUAACUUACUCUGAUGGGUUUUUGGAAAGUAGUGUUGUUGUGAGACUGGUCAGGGUGUGUAUCACAGCAUGAAAGGAAGGGUGAGGGUAGCCAGGGACUUUCACUGAAUUUCCCUGUUUUGUUCAACUCCCCAGUCAGUAGUAAGGGAGGUGUGAGAGAAAUGUCCAAUGAAAAUGUGUUGCUGCAGAGAAGACAAAGCCUAACUUAAAAAUAAUAAGCACCUUAUCCAUCCAUCCAUUAUAUUUAUUUUAAUUUAUAUUUACAUACUGUAACAUUUGUCAGCUGCCAUGUGAGCAAUGGACGAAUCAGCCAAGAUCUGAGAUGGUCUACUUUUAGUUAUUUACAUUUAAGCAAGACUACUGGUAUGUAACUUUAGUUAGACACCAGCCACUGUUGCCACAAGUGACAAAAACUUUGUUUGACAAAACUACAACAGUAUAGAAAAGUCAGAGAAAUGGCUUAUGUCUAUUACAGAGCAAUAUCUAGCUAGUUUGCUAACUUUAGCUAACAUUUAGCAACCAAAAGCUCAUAUUAGACCAACUAAGACUGUAGCAGCAAAUCUUGUGAACUGAAUUAAUCAUUGGUGUGUUUUAUUGCAUAUGAAUUUAAACCUUUCAUUUGUUAAAUGAAUAAAUGAGUAUGUAUGUAAGACUACAUACAGUAGUCUUACAUACAUACAGUAGCUCUAAACAAGAAAUUACUCAUUCAAAAGUCUAAAAACUACUAAGCUAAAUAUAUUUAUUGAAUAAAUAGUAUUUUGGUACAGACUUCACUUUUUAUAUAUGCAAGCAAUAUGUGUCCUAACUAUUUCAAAAAUCAUAUAUUUUUGCAGAAUGAUUGCUUGAAAAUGCUACCCAAAGAAUGUAAAUGAAUUAUUGAUUAAAAGAAAAAAGAAUAAAGCUGAAAAUCCAUAACAUUGUUCACCAUGAGUUAUACUCAUAGUUCUUUUACAUCCACUCAUAAGUGGAUUCAAGAAAGUCAUUUAUCCAUCCUUAGUAGGCCAUGCCUUCAUUAGACAUGGCACUCAGAUGCACAUGCAGUCUGAUCAGUGUACAGACAACAACUAAGGAUCUUUAGUUUAAUCUGUCUUAUUCCUGGAUCUGAAGUGAGGGCCAAGUGAGUACAUCUUGUUUGUACAAGGAGAAGAAGAGGAGAAGGAAGAGAAAUCACAACAAAACUACCCCGUGUAUCUCUUUGGCCAUCACUCCACAGGCGGAAAUCCUGGAUUCUAGUCAGGUUUGCUUUCAGAUUAAUGAAAUGUGGUUAAGUAGCUACAUGAGAUGUCUCCUGCUGUUUAUAUUUCUUUUAUCUUAGAUCCAGGAUGAACAUCCACAUUACACAUCUACACAGAUAUAUCUGAUUUCCAUUUCCAGUAUUUGAGUACUUCUAAACUCUGAUGUCUGAUGCAAAAAAAAUACAAUGCUGACAUCAUGAACAGGGUGGAAAAUAAAGGAGCGUAGUCAUC